GAACAAAUGUGCCCCUGAUCUCUGCCUCCUUGCUGUACGCCGUACGUCUUGGCAAUUUGUGGCUGUACUUCCCGUUUCCAAGGUCGAUUUCCCUGCUCCUCCUCGUGCUGUCCUCUCCGAGCUGGCUUGGCAGCGCCAUGCCACGACGGCCGCCGCAGGGACGCCUGCAUGUCCGGCGCUUUGCCGCCUCUGAUGAGCUCCGAGGAUGGGUGCAGAGAUUCAUCUUGGAUGGUCGGUUCUGCCCAUGGGCCACGCGAUCAAUGGCAGCCGGGGAGCUUCGCUUCGUGGAGAGUGCCGCCACGAGCCCCGAGGAGGCAGCCGGCAGCCUCAUUGAGCAGGCCCUGCGGCUCGAUCUGUCAACGCGAGAGCUUGCAUCGUCGCUGGUCAUCUUGCGCCAUGUGGAAGCUUUUCAAGACUUCUUCAUUUUCGACGCGUACGUUAAGGCCUGGGAUCGCGGUCUCGUGGCUCCCAAGGGCACCCGCUCGGGUGUUUUGCUGCCAAGAGCCGAGGCGCCGUCGGAAAGGACGCAAGAGCUUCUGAAGCGCUGCCACGAAAAGGUUCGGCUCGUGACUUUCCAUCCUGGCUUCUCGCGCUGGCUGGAGCCCCCAGGGGGGUACUGCAACAGCAGCCAAGUUUUCCUCGACCUCAUGCAGAAGCGCGUGCACGUAGACCCCCACUUCGCAGGCGAGCCUGCCACUAUAUUCCGACCUGGCCCUGAGGAAGUGGAGGUAGGGCCCCGGCAAGUGUGCGCAAGACUGCAUGGUGGCAGUGGGAUCUGUGCAUGGGACCUGGAAGACAUCGUCCCUGAGGAGGACUUCGUGCCGCUUCCAGAUAACGACAUGCACCGCACUCCCUUCCCCGUCGUGCACCUUAUUCGCAAGGUGGACCUAUCCGGAGACAGCAUCAUCGCC